GUGUCCCUCCGCUCUCUACCCCCAGCCAUCUCUCCAUCGCCCCUCCCUCGGGUCCCCAAGGUCAGCGCUGUCCCCGGGGCCGCGACCACCUACUUCGGCCCGGGGCUGCGGGGUGGCUGCGGGCGCUGCUCGGUGGUGUCGGCCGUGUCCCCCCCCGCGGCGGUGGCGCUGGGGGCAUGGCUGGCAUUGCUCGCUGACACUCUAUCUGCCAGGGCCACGCCAGCCGCGGGCCCAGAAUAGCAGCGCUGCCCUGCAGAUAGCAUGGAGCGGCUCCGCGGCCUCGCCGCGUCCCAGGUGGCGCUGCUGGAUGCUGUUGCAUGCCCUGAGGAGGAAGGGUUUCCAAAGGCUGUAUGCCCCAGGGAGGAGGAAGAGGAGGAGGAAGAAUACAGGAGACCUGUCACCUUCACCCUGGGAAAUGAGAUACUGGGGCUGGGCCCAGAGACCGAGUUUCAGAAUCCUGAUGCUGAGGUUUAUAUGCACUUCCUGAGGAGCCACUGCUGUUAUGAUGCCAUCCCCACCAGCUGCAAGCUCGUUGUCUUUGACAUCUCCCUGGAGCAGAUCAAGAAAGCCUUUCUGGCACUGGUGGCUAACGGGGUGCGUGCUGCCCCUCUCUGGGACAGCAAGAAGCAGAGCUUUGUGGGGAUGCUCACCAUCACUGACUUCAUCAAUAUCCUCCACCGCUACUACCGCUCACCUUUGGUUCAGAUCUACGAGGUGGAGGAGCACAAGAUUGAGACCUGGAGAGAGGUGUACCUGCAGGGCUCCCUCAAGCCACUGGUCCACAUCUCUCCGAGCAAUAGCCUCUUCGAUGCCGUCUACUGUCUGAUCAAGCACAAAAUCCACCGCCUGCCUGUCAUUGAGCCUAUCUCAGGCAAUGUCCUGCACAUCCUGACGCACAAGCGCAUCCUCAAGUUUCUCCAGAUCUUUGGUUCUACCAUCCCCAAGCCACGCUUCCUGAAGAAAACAGUGCAAGAACUGUGCAUUGGCACCUUCCGUGAUCUGGCUGUCGUGCCUGAGACUGCCCCACUCCACACUGCCUUGGACAUUUUUGUGGAUCGCCGUGUCUCUGCCUUGCCUGUCAUCAAUGAUUCUGGGCAAGUGGUUGGCCUGUACUCGCGGUUCGAUGUCAUUCACCUAGCAGCCCAGAAGACCUACAACAACUUGGACAUCAGUGUGAGGGAGGCGCUGCAGCAACGCAGUAUCUGUCUGGAGGGGGUCCUCACCUGCUACCCCCACGAACCCAUGGAGGACAUAAUUGACCGCAUUGCCAAGGAGCAGGUCCAUCGCCUGGUUCUGGUGGAUGAGAACCGGUACCCGCGGGGCAUCGUCUCCCUCUCUGACAUCCUGCAGGCCCUUGUGCUCACUCCUGCAGGUAUCGAUGCUCUUAACUCUUAGCCCACGGUGCUCCACCUUUCUCCACUUGCACCCUCAAUUUCUCUCCACUUCAGGUAGGCGCCACCCCCCCCAAUGGCUGUGUGCCUGUCCUCCCCCUGCUGCUGGGUCACCUGCCUCUGCCCCAUCCAAAGUGGUGCUGGGGGAUGGAGGAGGCUGGGGCUAGGGUCUGGCUGCACUGGGUGUGCAGGUGGGGACAGCAGGACCCAGACGCUGCUUGUCCAAGGGGUACACAAGGAUCACAGGGGAUUCCUGGUGACUGUGAGGAAGGAUGGGGUCACCUUCCAUGGAGACACUCCGCCAGAGCCCCAUUCGGGUGUGUGGAAUGCAGGUCUGGCAGAUCCCAGGGUUUUGGGGUGUGAUGCACCCCAAGACAAAAGCCUAUUUUUGAUCUUGCUUCAAUUCCCCCCCCAAGACCUGAGCACCUCCAGGGCCAGUCCCAAGGGACAUAGAGCAGACAGACCCCCACUCACACACCCCAGACAUGCUGCCCACCACUAGCCAAAAGCAAAAUGUGGACAACCCAUGGGCCCCAGCUAGCAGAGCCCCCCACCCCCUCCACUUGCAGCAGCCCCAAAACUGUCUGUUCCAGAGUCAAGCCUCACUCCCAGGUGGCACUGGAACUGCCUGGCCACCUGCAGCUGGCUCUGCUCACCCACUGCCUGGUGAAUCCUCACUGGCUGUGGGUGGGCAUGGUCCUGACACCCACUGCAGCAUCUCUUUAGGGGUGAAAUGAGGAGGGGGGAGCUGGCUCCAGUUCCCAACUGCUUCCCAAAGGUAAUUAUGCUUUUCGGGGUGGUGGUGGGCAAUGGGUUGGGACAGGCCUGUGCCUACCACUUCCCCCAGCAGUGCCCAGCUGCUCUGCACAGAAGGGGCCUGGGAAUGGGACAUGGGAUAUCUCCAUUGCCCCCCUCCCCCCAUUCCCCCAUCACGGUGCCUUUGCUCACCCUAUUCCUUGGGUUGCCCAUAGGGAUGGCUGCAUGCGGAGCUGCAGGGGGUCACUGAGAUGUCCCUCUCCAGCCAAACUGCCUUCCCUCCUACCCCAGGGCUUGCAUACAAGCAAGGAAUGGAGGAAAGACUCCAGUGUCCACUGGGAUGAUUGGAGGUGCCAUAUCACAGGGUGCCCAGACCAGCACUGAUUUGGGGUUAUGGUCUCACACGCUUUCUUGCCCCACAGGCAUCGAUCGAUCCUCACUCUGAAGACACCAGGGAAAUGCCACUGUCUUGUCUGAUUGGGGGAUCUCUUGCAUGACCUGUGAGAAGGAUGCUUGGGCCUGAAGGUUCUCUGUGGGGAGGACAUGCCUGUUCACCCCAGUCCUCGGGCUCGUCUUGAGUCCAGGGCUAGAUCCUGCCAGCCUUGGAGAGGCAGAAACACUGAAAACGGGACCCAGGGGUGCCUCCUGCUAGUGAGCACACAGUGAUGCUCAGCGGGCACUGUGCUGGAGGGGCUGCAACAUGCCUGCAGCCGGGCAGAGACCCAUGCAGCCCCAGAGAACCUGGGCUCCUGCUGAUGGAUUUGAGCAUUUCUAUUGUGGCUCCCUCCUAGUGAACACAAUCUCACUGUCUAUGCCCGGUGCCUGGUAGCAUAGGCUCAGCUGCACACACAGGCUUUUUUAUUUUAGGGUCACGCGGGGCUGGAGCUCUCUGGCAGAGGCACAGUCUGUGCCAGAGCUGGCAGCAGGAUGGGCACUUGCAUGGAGACCCUGUGCACGGUUUGGAGUGGGCAGGGUGGGCAAAUAUUUAUUUAUUUGUUAGUCUGUUCAGCCUUGCUGUAACAAAGCAGCCUGGUCCAAGAACUGUCUCUUGUCUUUCUGGGGUAAAGCUGGGCAUGACUCCUCUGGAGAGAACCAGGCUGGGGAAGGGGUACUGGCUGCUUGCCAGCAAGUUUGGCACUGGCAGAGUAGCACCUCUGCCCAUGUGGGUAGAACCAAGGGGCUGGGGACACAGGGCAUGCAGUCUUAAUCGUCCUGGUGGUGCGCAGGUCCCUUCGGGGACCCACACUGAGGGACAGAAGCUUUGGUCCCAGCAAGGUUUCUGCCUGCUGCUUCCCUCAGUCCAAGAAGGAAAGUAUGAGGGGUUCACUGCUAAAAAUAUCCCACUCCCCAUCCCUCGAGGACCCUGGGCAAAUGGCAGCGUAUCCCCUGCCUGUGGCUGCUGCCAGCUGAGAGCCUUGCAAUGGUCCUGGCUUGGAGGUAGGGGAUGCUGAGCUGAUCUUUCUCCUCCUGCUUUGCCUGCAGCGAGCCCUGCCAGUCCCGUGACCCCAUAUCAGCAUCUCAGUGCAGUAAUGGCUGACAGUGGAAAGUCCCAGGAACUAAACACCCCUCCUGUGCUGGCUGGCUCUGCCAGGAAACACAGUACCAGUGCUGGGUGGUGACAGGCCUCCUCCCAUGCUGGGGAAUGUGCUGUGUUUUGCUGUGCUUUCCCAGGACCAGGGCUGGCUCUGUCCCUUGGGAAAGGUGCAAACCCCAAACGCAGCCAGCACUCAAGCCUCCCCUGAGGGCAAGGGGAAAAGUGAGGCACAGAGAAGCUUCUGAGGCCAAGGUCAGCUGUUCAGACAGGACCCAGAUGUCCUGGCUCCAGGCACAGAUCCACGCGCAGCUACACAAGGAUGGGAUGAAGGAGACACCGAAUGGCUG